AUGUCCUACCUGGCCCACCUUGACUUCAAGCAUCCCACAAACCUUUUUCCAAUGAUUCGCCUUGCAGCCUGGGCUUGCCAAUUGACAACCACCAGGCAUGAAGAUGGGUUUGCCAGGUUGUUGACCAGAAGUGACCUGGACAGACUCAAGUCCAAAGAUCUGGAGGAACAGGUGGUUGAAGCAGAGGCCAUGCUUGCUGAUGCAUGGAAGACAGCCAAUUCUUGGCUGUCCAGCCAAGCAAGUGAGACCAGGGACAAUGCUGAGGCCCAUGCCUUCAAAUCCUUUGGGCGAAUGGCAGUCAGAGCCAUGCUUUUUCUGUUGAACAAACAGAAGUUUUCCAGGGAGACCAAGCAAUGGGAGGGCUUGCCAGAAAUUCUCCAGUCCUUCACUGAAGAUCUUGCAGAGUAUGGCAGCACAUCCACUCCAUCCCAUGUACCUGAAAAGCCUUUGCAGAUCACUGAUGCCCUCAAUGCAGAUGCCAAAACCAUGGCUUUGCUACAGAAUGCCCAUAUGGAAAUUGGGAAGAUGUAUUGCUACCCCAAAGAGCAUGGCCAGAAGCCUUUCCAGCUCACCAAAGUGAAUGAUGACAAUGUAACCAUGGCCCAUUCAGCCCUAUUUCAAAGCCCAGAGGAAAUCCAUGUUGUGUUUGCAGACCUCAAGAAAUGGAAGGUCACCAAGUCUCAGAUGCCUCUCCUUUGCCCAGAAGAGACUGCCAGGCUGAGCUUGCCAGAGCAGCACAGUACUUGCCAAGAAGAGCUCACCAGGCUGUCAGUAGCCAAUGCCUUGCAUGCUUGCUACCAGUGCCAUGCUCUUGCACCAAAGCAGGUUGCAUUUGCUUUGUAUCCAAUGGCUCUUUAUACCCAGCAGUCCUUCAAAAAGAAGCAGCUCAAACUU